AGAAGAUUCAUUUUGCGUUAUUUGUUUUUGUAAAAAUAACAUUAUUAGUUUGUUUGACUUGUUUUUUAUAUUAUUUACCCUUGGAUCCAUAACAAAUUUCGAAGCAGAUUGAUCAACGGUCAUUUCUGCAGUCUCUAAAAUGUGCAUAAAAAGUUUACAUUUAGAAAAAAUCAAAAAGAGUUAUGGAUUUCUGUGAUGUCAAUCUUAGAGUUCUUUAUGAUUUUGAAUACACCACAAAAUAUGGACGGAAAAUCAAAAUUUCCUCUGGAGAACGUUUACUUCUCAUCAAAAAAACAAAUGAUGAUUGGUGGCAAGUUAUACGCAGUUCGGAAGAGAGACCGUUUUUCGUACCUGCAUCUUACGUAGAAGAAGUGGAAUCAAAACAACAUGUCCGAGCCAAUAACAAAGACCAAAGCAAUACCAAAUCUUCCAUUGAAAUAUCUUCCAGUAAUGUGUCACCUGUAAUUUCACUAUCAAGUUCAGUUCAAAAGCCCAGUUUGUCAAGCUCGGCAGGAAAUAAGAAUGAAGAUUGUAACUCAAGUUCAUCACAAUCAUGUUUAGAAAAGGAUUCUAAGAAAGAAAUUCCAUAUGUAAAUAAAACAAAGGCACUUUCUAGCACGAUGUCAUCAUCGGGAUACAAUUCACUGGGUGAGGAAGGUCAAACACAUGAGGAAGAGGUAAUGCCUGAAAUAUCAAGUAAUGAUAAAAUAAAGCUACACCACAGAAGCAAUGACUCAAUUGCAAGCACAAAUAAAAUAGAGCCUGUCACCAACACAACAACUGAUAAGAGCCAUGAUGAUGCAACGGCCAAUUCACCUACCUUAGAUAAAAAUUUAUCUGGCAAUGUGAGCAUGACGAGUAAUACAACAGGAGAAACCUUGGUGAGUGAAGUGAUUAAAAAUGAUGAAGAUAUUAAAUGGACGAAUACUAUCAAUACUAAAACAGAUUUGGGGGUGAGUUCUCGUCCAAUAAUUUCAGGUUUAGGCCUACCAGCUUCUGAUUCUCUUGAAAAUUUAUCACUUCAGAUAGAAUUUAAAACUAACAUAUUAAGAAACAAUCCUGAAAAAAAUGUCACUAAUUCUGCUAUACCGUGCAAAACCGAUUCUUCAAGUUGUCGUGAAGACGAGUUAUUAAAAGGAAUUUCUAAUUGUACAGAAGAUAAGGUAAAACAGGGAUUAAAAACUAAGUGUAGGUCACAAUCUUGGAAUGAACCGAUUGAUAAUGGUAAAGUAAACAUUUCUCCUAACCUCAAUGUUGAUAAAAACAGCUUAAAUUAUCAUGGGAGCUUCAAGACAAGCCCUAAUAGACUGAAUAUGUUAAAAAAAAGUAUGAGUGAGAAAACUUUAAAAACUGUUUCGAAUGUGGGGAAACCCAAUAAAGUAUCUGAUACUUUAGUGGAAGAAAACUGUGAUUCCCAUAGCUCUUGUGUGCCUGUGUUGAAGUGUGAUACAAAUGAUAUGGUUUGUGCUAUUGGAACCAACAAUAACACUGUUAUUUGCAAUAAAGUAAAUGAUGUUUUGCAGAAAUCCGAAUACCAGGAAAAAAAAUUGCAAAACCGGCAAUGCUUUGGAAGCGACAGUCAGUUAUCCCAUUUAGUGAAUUCUAAGGAAAAAACAACUUCACGUUAUAGUCUAGACUCUGUUGUAGAAGGUGAAUUUAGUGAUAAUCAUUCAAACUUGGCAGCUGCAAACUCUAACAGCAAAGUUUCAUCUCUGGUCUCUGUUUCCGGAAAAACCAACUCAGAAAAAAGUUCAAACGAUAGUCUAUUGGAUAUUGACAUUGAAGGCAGUUUUAGGAAAAUAUCAGGAGGUACGACAUCUGAUUCGUUGGUGCCAACAGACGGAGAAGAUUUGGUUUCAAGUGGCAGUGAAACAGACUCGGUGAAAUUAGCAAAGAUUAAAAUUUGUGAGUCUAAAGCUGGACACAAGGCUCGAAAAAUACCUCUCGUUAGAAAGAGAAGGGUGUUUUCUUAUAAGUCCAGACAUGAGUUGGGUCAAGAGCCACCGUCUCCUGUGCCACAUCAGUCACCUUCCAGAGUUCUGGGCGAAGGCUGGAGUGAGUACGACACCCAAGAUGGACGCAAGUUCUUCUAUAAUGUCCAGACCAAAGAAAAGAGAUGGAAGCCCCCACGGCGAGCAUAUAACACUAGUAAGGAAGAUGUAGAUGGGGGUGGGGUUGCAGACGACAUGUUCGUGGUGAGCAUGUCUCUGCCCGUGGGCUGGACCUCUGAGAUGGACCCUGUCACUGGACAAGCCUGCUACAUCCAACCUGCCUCAGGCGCAAAGUGGUUCUCAUCGACGGACACUGAAGGGAGGGUUUACUUCUUUGAGGAAAACAGUAACACAUCGUCAUGGACUCUACCAGAAAACCACAUCCUGACUGGCAAAGAGAAACUAAUACCCGAUGCAGAAGAAAACGAAACCAUCUCAAGUGCUCACAUUGCUGAAAAAAAUCAAAGCAGAAGUUUAAAAGCAAAGUCGAUGGUAUUGGCAACCAGUCAACAUGAAGAGUCCACAUCACUUUCAAACUUUUCAAUGCAUUGGCCUCAGCUUCUGGGUGGAACCAUGUUUGUUAUCAAAGAAGGCGCUCUAAACAAGACUAAGAUAACAGAGAACGGCAAGAGAGUGCGUAAAAACUGGACUUCCACAUACGCUGUUCUCACUGAGCUUUUGCUGCUGUUCUUCAAAGACAACAAAGGAUUCCCCUCCAUGAUGAACGGCAAGGGAGGGCCGGAGCUGAGUGUGGAUCUGAACGGAGCCAAAAUAGACGCUGGAGACAAAGUGUCAAGUCGCAAGAAUGUCUACAUGCUGAGUACAGUGCUGGGUCUGCAGGUGCUGAUACAGUGUGACUGUGCUACCUCAUCACAACAGUGGCUUGCAGCCAUACAGAAAAUCAUCAACAAAUUGCCAUUGGGAAUAGAAAAUAAAGGAAUCAGAACGAAACCUGAAAGUCCAUUAGAAGAGAAUAAACCAGGCCCACGGAUUGGUCGCUCAAAAUCGAUGAAACUGAAAAACAAAAGUGCAAGCAUAGAAGAUUUGUCCAAUGUUGCGGAAAAGCAAACUAAAAUACGAGAACGUUUAAAAAAGUUCUUCCACAGAAGGCCAUCUGUGGAUGUUCUAGUGAAAAAGGGUAUUUGGAAAGAUGAGCCGGUGUUUGGCUGUUUGUUGGAGCAAGUGUGUCCUGCUGAGCCGCCCAGAGUGCCAAUGUUUGUACAGCACUGUGUCCGCUGUGUGGAGCGCAACCUAGAGAACAUGAAGACUGACGGACUAUACCGGGUGUCUGGGAACAUCUCACAAGUACAGAAGAUCAGAUAUCAGGUUGACCAGAACAUUUACUCCCUGCUCGACCAAGAAGAAGAUGUACAUGUUCUGUCAGGAACUCUCAAACUAUUCUUCAGAGAACUCAAACAACCUCUCAUACCAUUCAAGUUUUUUGACAAAGCACUGAGAGCAAGUACAAAUUCCAACUACAACGAGAAGAUCAAGGAGUUCAGAGAAAUUGUGAAAUCAUUGCCUACCUGCAACCAUGAUACACUCAAGUAUUUACUUCAACAUUUAUUAAGAGUAACCAAGUAUCAAGAGUUCAAUCGGAUGCACAUUCCCAACAUAGCGAUUGUGUUUGGUCCAACGCUGAUGUGGCCCGAACAAGAGUCCAAGAACAUGGCUUUCGACUUAAUGCAGCAAAACUUUGUCAUUGACUUUUUACUCUCUGAGUUCAACAACAUCUUCCGUUAGCCACUCCAUACCACAAACUUGCUCGAGUUAAAUUCAUAUAAACUAUUUUCAAUCAACUGAUCAAAAGACAUAACAUAGAAUAUAAAAAACAUUAAGUAGAGUAUCAAAAAUAUGUAAGUUUUAUCCUCCAAAAAGUCAAUUCAAUAGGAUUUGUUGUUAAUGAUUAAAUGAAACAUAAAAUUAACUGUACUCACUAAAUAGAACUUACGAAUUUGUUUCUGUUACGCUAUAUACUGUAAAAAGUAACAUCUUUACAUUUUAAGCUUGAGCUAUUUUUGUACACUAGGUUCAGUACAAACAAUUAGUGAUGGUUGAAAUCAGACAUUUUGAAUCUCAAAACCGAAAUUUAAAAAAAAUUGAAUCCCGAAUCUCAAAACAUUCAUGCAAAACUUUUUUACCAGUUCAAGGUUUAAAAAUACAGGUAAUAAGAAAAAGUUAUUAUGCAAUAUGAACUUGAAGAAAUUGACAACUGACUCUGAUAUAUGCUUUGAAUUUUAAAAACAGUAUAUAGAAAAUCUAACAAUGCAAUGAUAAUAAGAUGUGACUUGUCAAGUCUAGAAACCAAAUUUUUUUCAAAGUUUUAGGGGUUUUAAGAUUUGGGAUUCUGUUUUGACACAUCACUACAAAAUCAGUUAUUGACCCACUUUUACAAAUUACUGUUUUAAUACUGUAAUCAAAUAUGAGCAUAUAAAACUAUUAUUGAUAAAUGGUUUAUAAUGACAAGAUUUUUAUUUACAUGGAAAGUAGGAUUUGGAUAUUAAAUACCACAAUGUUAAAACUGUUGGAUAAGUUUAUUAACGAAUCUGCUAAGAGUGUUUAAAAUUAUCAAACUACCAUAAUCAAAGUCUAGCUUUUUAGAAAAAAAUAGACUAUUAUUAUGCUCAUGAUGUAUACUUCAUUAGUAUAUUUUAAAACCUAGUAUAAGUAUUGCAUGUAAAUAAAUAUCAUUUCACAUUUACUGCCUCAAAUUUUCCACUUGAGGACGUUAGUUUAGUUCAAUGCACAUACUUGUUUUAACCUUAUUACACAUUCAACUUAGGCUUGUUAUUAUAACUUUCACGUUACCUUGCAAUGCAUGUUAGUUGAUAGAUAAAAAUUAUUGUUUAUGCAUUUUACUCUAGUUUUUAAUAUAUUCAAAGUUUGGCUAUUAUUGGUUUCAGUUUUGAAAAUAUGUUUCUGUUAUAACUACAUUUCUAAGAUUUUACAAGUACAAGUAUAGUUCACAACUAAUUAUUGCAUUAUGCAAGGCAAGAACAAGUUCAAAUGAAUAUAUGACCUAUGUUAAAUUAUAUCAAUUGAAAAAUAUAAAUACAGGGUGUAAUGAAGUUGGUGUUUAACAUUUUUAUGUUAAACUGCUCAGUAUUGGUGACAAAAUGGCACUAAUUUAGAUUUACAAACCCUCCCAGGUAGGGAAUAGCAGACAUAUUGAUAUUUUUUUCAAAAUAUUUGUAUUUGCUUACAUUAAAUGGCCAUGAGUGCAUUAAAGAUUGUUUUUUUUAGACUUUAUUGUCAUUUUCAGAAUCCUCAUUAAAUUUUGAUUAGUAAUAGUACAGAAUCAUUGAGAUGAAACAACAUAUAAGCCUUUAUUCUGCAACAGAAUUUUGAAUUUGUGAAUUUUGAGAAAAAUGCCAAAACUUUUAAAUAAGUUUUUCUAUGUUAAACUGGACUAUAGAGAGUGUCAAAUAUUAAAAACUUAAAACUUCUCCAGUUAAUAACCUUUAAAAUGAUGUCUUAUUCAUUCUUAAAUUUAAGAUUUUCUCUUGAAUAACAUGGAAUGGCCAAAAUCGCAUUACUUUAAAAAAUAACAUGUAUUUGCUUAAAUAAUAUGGCAAAAGCUGCAUUAGGGUUUAUUGUAAUUUUUAGAAUCCUUGUGAGAUUUAUUAUAAGAAUAUUAAGGAUAUAUUAGGAUUAACAUCGAUAUUAUGUUAUGUUUUGUAAUACAAUAAUAAACUAGUGUUUUUAUUUACUGUCAGAUACUGUAUUUGUGAAGGUUUAUAUAUAAUAGUUUUGCCAGCAUAUCUGAAAAUAUGCAAAUCAACUGCUGUUCUUUUUAUAAGAAGGUUUCAACUGACUACUAUAAGAUCCCUGUGCGUAGAACGGGCACACAGUUAGUUUUAAAUAUUAAAAAUGUUUAGUGCACUUAUGGCCAUUUUAUGUAAGAAAAUACAAAUAUUUUGAAAAAAAUCUUAAUAUGUCUGUUAUUCCCUCCCUGUGAGGGUAUGGAAAACUAAAUUAGUGCCAUUUUGUCCCCAAUACUAAGUAGUUUUUAACACAACAUUUUUUUACAAUAACUUCGUUCCACCCUGUAUAUAAUUUGUUAAUUGAUGAAAAAACCUAAAUAUAUAAUCUGUACUUUAAUUGCAUUCAAUAUUUGUAUUUUUAGAAUUGGGUUAUUUAAAAGACAAAUUUAUUUUAUUCACUGGAAAAUUGAAAGGUUAAUUAUAUUUUAUAAGAUCUAAAUUCUUAAAAUGAUCUGGAUGAUAGUUUGUAACGAUUCAAUCAAAACUUAACAUUCCAAAUGUAUAAUAACAAUUGAUAUGAUGGAAACAGAAUAGCUUUAAAUCAGUUUUGUUGAGACCAAUUUUUAUUUUUGUUUUUGUGGUUGUCUCAUAGUUUAUUUUUGUACUGUUCAGGUAGUGUAAAUAGUGUCAAGUCCACUUGUAAAAAAUGUAAAGUUGAUCACAUGUGCAGCCUUAUAGGGUAAGGAUAAGAAAAGUAUUUUAUAUAGCAAAGUUAAAGAGUAUUUUACAUACAGAAUAUAACGCCUGAUAGCUAACUACGAUGUUUAUAGUUCGUGUUAAUUGCAAAGGAGAACUAAAAUUUAAAAAAAUGAAAUUGUUAACAUUAUCUGAGGAAUAAAAUUUUAAUUAUUUGAGAUAUACUCUGUUCACAAAAUGUAGGCAUUCUUAGGGGAAGAAAUCUAUCCCCUCCACUUGAUUUUACCUUUAAAACAGCUGAACAGCUGAGGUUUGCCAAUGUCAAUCAGCUGCAACAUAUUAAGCAAAAAAGUAGUGGGGGAACUUCCCCUCAAGCCCCCCUCAAUUUUGUAAACGGUGUAUAGUACAUAAGAUUUGUUAGUUAUAUUAUGACAUUAAGUUUGUUUUCAUUUUUAAUUAGAUUAAAACAUGCAUAUGUGCCUAAGGCAUGUCCCACAUAUAUUUUAUAUUCUGGCACCCAUAUUUCAGGACAUGAACUGAACAAGCCCAAUUGUAAAGUAGACUUUUUCUUUUUGCACAGGUACCUGCUCAUUACACAACACACAAUUUCAUUGUUUUGUUAUUCACAUCAAUUUAAACAAAGAAGUAACUAUCUGAUUGUGUAGCACUGUUUGAUACUCACAAAUCAAAUUAUGUUUAUUAGCACAUAGCGUACAGAGGUUACAAAUAAAUGUACAGGUGCUUUUGCAUUCUUAUAUUUUAAUUAUAAUUUUUAGCUCAAGUUGAAUCCUUUGAAAAAAAAUAAUUUCUCACAAAAUAUAUUUUGACAGGUCUUGUGUUAUGUUUUUAUGGAAGUUAAAUGCUUGAAAAUCUGUGAAGGUUGAGUGUUGAAUUGUUAAAAAGGAUUCACAGUCAAGGGUAGAAACGUGUGUUUUUAAGAUUUGAAUCUUCGUUAGAUUUACCAACUUUUUACAAGUAGGCCCUAACCUCAUAAUUCCGGAAAGUAAUAACAGGGCUAAAGGUUAUUGUUAGAAGGUUUUUUUGUUGAAUCUUAUUUUUAUGUACAGUAUGAAAAGAGUUAAGUUUAAUUUUUAAUCGUUUUAGUAAUAUAUAAAAUAACAAAAUAGCCCCUUUAUCCCCAAACCAAAGCAUUCCAUAUCUAUAGAGUAGACAUGUAUGGGCUUAAGAUUGAAUUUUAUCUCAUAAAUAAGUAAUUUUAUAUGACAAUAUCUGUUACACAAGUCGACAUUUACGAGACGGCUUUAUGUUUGUAUAAAUUUUAUUGCAUAUUAUGUAAAUAAGAGAGGGAAUAUGUCUUGUUCUGGUCAUUUUUAUGAUUAAACUGUUAUAUA